AUGAAUAUUGAGUCGCUGAAGGUUCAGGAGGCGCCUUACGAGCAGGCGGCUGUAGCAGUGGGGACAAUGAUCCGACAGCUGGCUGUAGCGGCCGUCUCACUGCUGCCGCCCAACCAGCAGGCGGCCGUACUGCAGGCUGAGCCUCUGCUACAGCCGGCGCCCGGGGCUCUUGAGUCAUCCAAUCCGCAAGCUUCUACGGCUAACGGAAUUCCGUCACACGCGAAUGAGGAGAUCCCUAAUCCGCCUCCCGCAGUUCUUUCUCCGACCGCCGCCCACCCUUCUGCUGCUCCAGAGGCAGCAACGUGGAUUUCUCCGGAACUGAGAACCAGCUCGACAGUUGCCGAGCCUGGGGAGCCUCGGCGAGAGCCUGCAGGAGAGGCACGGGCGGAGGCGGCGCUGGAUGCAACACCGAUGCGCGACCCGACACUUGAUGCGCAGAGUUUGAUCGCGGUCGGAAGGAAAAGAGGUCGCAACGACGAGUGCGAAACGGAACCUGUUACAAAGGCCGUCUGCUAUGCCGAACCCCGCCAAAGAAGCAAUCUGUGCGGUGCGCUGCGGUCCCCAGGCCUUGGAGUUGCCGUUGCUGCAGAGCCUGAUCCUCAUAGCGGCAUGGAAAUUGCGGGAGACAUGGAAACUGGGGGCUACGAGGAGAAAUUGGCGCAGGAGGUGACUGGUCCGACUGGAGCAAGUUCAUGCGGACUUCCUACUGCUGGUGCAGUGUCGGAGAUUUUCAGCUGCCCGGUUGCAGGCUGCCCGUUCCACAAGCAGCACCCGGGGUUUCGUGCGUUCAAGUCGAAGGCGUCGCUGCGGAACCACUACCGGCGGACGCACGCUGGCGAGGCGCUGCUGUGCUCGCGGUGCGGCAGCAAGUCAUUCUGCUUGCCGGCCGACCUGGAGGCACAUGAGAGGCGCUGCGGGCCACGACGAUGGCUGUGCUCGUGCGGCAACUCUUUCAGCCGAAAGGACAAGCUAGCCAACCAUUUGAAGCGCUCGGUGAAGAAUCUGGUCCGUUCAACGCAACCUUUAUUGCAGGGGAUUCACCUGUCAUUGGCCCAGGCUCCACCGAUCAUUUAA